ACCCGUCGUCAAUCGGAACUCUGCGAAUUCUUUAUCAAUCGAAUUUUCACUUUCCAAAUCUGAGUUCUCUUCUCGUUUCGUCGUCUCUUCCUCGGUAUCCGCGGGUCUCGCUUUCGAUUUCUAGGGUUUCACGGUUCUGAUCACAAGUUCUGCUUCAAUUUUUAAGCGAUUUGAUCACAAGUAGCUGUUUGUUCGGUACGUAAUUCUAAUUUUGACAUCGCGAGGUAUAGUCUCUGCGAUUCUGAUUUUGAACACGGCUAGAAGCAGAUUUAAGAGUUCGUCAAAUUAGGAUUUGGGGUUUUCGUUUACCACUGAAGUUAAGAUUGGAACUGAUUGUAUGGCUGCUGGGAGGAAUUUAAGAUAUCCUGACCAUGAACUGAGAGACCAGGAAUCGAAUUCUAGAUUUUCUAGGCGUGAUAGUGCUUAUUCGAACGAGGAUUAUGACCAUGUUAGGAACGGUGCUCUUGAUAAUGAAAAGGGACGGGUUAGUAAUCUAAGACACGGGGAUAGCGGUAAAGAUAGAGAUAGAUUUAGGUCCGGAACUAGACAGCAAGAGAAGGAAAUGGUUAAUAGUGGGUUUCGGUUAUCGAAGAGCAAUCCAGGUAGUAGGGAAGUCUUACUUGAUCGUGGUCCUAAAAGAUGCGUGUUUUCAGCUCGGUGUGUGGAUAGGGAACCAGGUGAGCUCUCUAGUGAGAGUGGGUCGGACGAUUUGAUUGAGUCGGAAUCACUGGCGAAAGUUAAUGGAGUUGUGAAGGAGGUAGAGAAUAGAGCUCAAAGUCCUGUAGAAAAGAAGAGAAAGUUUUCACCGAUAGUAUGGGACAGAGAUGACCAUGAAAGAAGUAAUUCGAGCAGAAAUGAAAAACCUGUCGAGGUUACUCCUCUUCCUCCCCCACCACCACUAAUUAAGAGGUCAAGCCAGUCACCUAGUGUCAGUUGUGGGGGUAAUUCUCAUUUUUCACCUGCAAAGAGUAACAUGCGUCAAGAUCCCGUGGAAGUUGGUGUUUCUGUGCCUGCUUUGUCACCUUCGGUAGAGAUGUCUUCUUUGUGUGUGGUAGAACAAUCAUCAAAUGCUGGGCAGGAUGGCAAACAAGAGGAUGCAACACACCUGGAAGAGGAGGAAAACAUGCCAACAAGGCAUAUAUCAUCCUCUAGGUGGGCUGCUGGCAACAGUUCUCCAAAUGAUGAAGGUGAAAUAGUAGAAGAAGUGGGAGCAAGUAAAAGGAGGAAGAAACCAUUUCCCGUGCAGGGGAGAUUGCGCAAUAAGUCUCAAACCCCUGAGGUCGGGGAGUUAGUGAGGGAAGGUUAUAGAUCAUCUGAUUCCGACGAAAGGGGGCACCAUUCUUUGCCAGGAAGUAGAGAUGAUUUUGAGGAGAAGGAUGCUGUUAAGGGUGACAAGAUGGAAAUAGAUGAGGAGGAACACAGAAGAGGAAACACUAGUGACAGCCUUAGUGAAACAGAUUCGGAUGACGAAUAUGUUCGGCAUGAGACACCUGAACCUGCCAGUACUCCACUGAGAAGUAUAAACAUGCUCCAGGGUUGUAGAAGUGUUGAUGAAUUUGAGAGAUUAAAUAAGAUAGAUGAAGGUACUUAUGGUGUGGUUUAUAGAGCAAAGGAUAAGAAGACAGGAGAAAUUGUGGCAUUGAAGAAGGUGAAGAUGGAAAAAGAAAGAGAAGGUUUUCCAUUGACUUCUCUUAGGGAAAUUAACAUACUUCUUUCUUUUCAUCAUCCAUCAAUAGUGGAUGUUAAAGAGGUGGUCGUGGGUAGUAGCCUUGAUAGCAUUUUUAUGGUGAUGGAAUACAUGGAACAUGAUCUUAAAGCAUUGAUGGAGACAAUGAAGCAGCGUUUCAGUCAAAGUGAAGUUAAAUGCUUAAUGCUUCAACUUUUAGAGGGCGUCAAGUAUCUUCAUGACAACUGGGUGCUUCAUCGAGAUUUGAAAACAUCUAACCUGCUUUUAAACAAUCGGGGUGAGUUGAAGAUAUGUGACUUUGGUUUGGCUCGGCAAUAUGGCAGCCCGCUGAAGCCUUAUACUCAUCUGGUUGUUACGCUUUGGUACAGGGCACCUGAACUUCUCUUGGGAGCAAAACAAUAUUCUACAGCCAUUGACAUGUGGUCACUGGGCUGUAUCAUGGCAGAACUAUUAAUGAAGGCGCCAUUGUUCAAUGGGAAAACGGAGUUUGAUCAACUUGACAAGAUUUUCAGAAUCCUUGGUACUCCCAAUGAAUCCAUUUGGCCUGGGUUCUCCAAGCUGCCUGGAGUCAAGGUCAACUUUGUCAAGCAUCAGUAUAACCUAUUACGUAAGAAAUUCCCAGCCACUUCAUUCACUGGUGCACCAGUUCUGUCCGAUGCUGGGUUUGACUUGCUGAACAAGCUCCUAACGUACGAUCCUGAGAGGAGAAUAACUGUUGAUGAAGCUCUAAAGCAUGAUUGGUUCCGUGAAGUUCCUCUGCCAAAAUCCAAAGAUUUCAUGCCUACUUUCCCUGCUCAACAUGCCCAAGACAGGCGUGGGAGGAGAAUGGUAAAGAGCCCUGAUCCUCUGGAAGAGCAACGCAGGAAGGAAUUAACACAAACCGAACUUGGGUCUGGCGGCGAGGGCUGCUGCUUAAGUGGAGGUUGGAACAUUUGUAUCUCAGAAUAUCAUUCAUGCUUUCUUUACUCACUUUGAGGGUCCAUGGUGAUUUGUGAAGAUGAUUUUCCUCCUUUCGCCACUGAGAAUCCUUGCAGGUUUAAUGUGUUCACAAGCUAGGCUGGUCAGUUAGUGCUACGGCUUUUUGACAGUGCUUGUUCUGUAAGGUGUGGCUAGAUAAUAAAAACUCAUUUCUUAU